AUGCCUCGCAAGAAGAAGUCUGCCAAGGGACACCCGAGAAACACGGGCCCUCGAAAUCGCCAUCGUUCUGCUGGUCAACCGGCCUCUACCUCUCAAAUUGGUACUCUUGAAACUGGUGCUCCCGAAGUUGGUACUCCUGAACUUGGUACUUCUCAAGCUGGUCCUUCUCAACUUGGUACUUCUCCAGUCGGUACUCCUCCAGUCGGUUCUUCUCAACUUGGUCCUUCUCAACUUGGUACUUCGGGAACUCCUGAAGCUGGAACUCUUCAAUCCAGCCUUCGUCGGUCCGCCCGUGCGCCUGUCCCACGCCAGCGUUACACGCCUCCACAUAGCAGCACCCGUCGGAAGACCAGCGACCACGAGCGUGCCAGCUCUCCUCAGGAUGCCGGGCAUGCAAAUGAAACUAUUCCCCCCCCAACAUGA